AUGAGCCCGGGCGUGCCGGAGUUCCGCAAGAGCAGCACGCUGGACGCGGAGCCCUUCGAGGUGACGAACUGGGCCUCAGACCAUCGGCUGGAGCUGCCGUACGACGAUGUGCAGAACCCCGUGGUGCGCUGGCAGCUCCGCUGUUGGGGCCCCUCGUGCAUGGAGGGCGCCUACAUCUUCUCGCCGGACUACACGCAGAACGUGCAAGGUGGCCUAUCCUUUCCACGCCUGCUGUUGCACCGGCCGCACGCCGAUCCUAAUCAGCCCGAUGAGCCGCAAGCGCUGCUCACGGUGAUGGAUCAGCACAGAUUGCAGGACAUGGAUUGCUCGACAGAUGGGGUCCUUACGCCCUUCUGCAACUACUGCAUGAAGCUGGAGCCAGUGAAGAUGUGCAGUCAAAACGGAAAGCACCAGUUCUGUCAGCCGAGCGCGAACCACUUCAGCAUCCGAACCACCUGUCCUCAUCCGAAGUUCUUGACAGAACGUGAUGGCCACGUGUUCUUUGCACCGAGCAGUGCCUCCAAUGACCAGUACUGGCGCCUGAGUCAGCCGCCGCCGCCACCAGUCAGCUAUGCGGCAAAUGCGCCCAACGCCAACUUCGAUUUCUUGUAA